CGCGGGUAAGACCUGCUGUGAUUAUCUGCGACCUCUACUUUGUUUUAUCUAUAGGUCAUUGCUUUCUUGUAUUUUCUUCAGACCUAAUCAACUUAACGCGUUCGGCGAUCACAUUUCUUGCUAUGCAUAAUCAACGACGUUAUCCAUAUGUUACGAUCCCCCCUGGAGCAAGUCCUAUAGUCAACCCUAGUCCACUACAGGCAUUCCCAUACGAAUUACAACACAAUUCCCCACCUGGGGACCUCUUGAAUCCAUGGGAUCAGACACCCACAAACCGACAUCCGAACGGUAGACCAGGUGAACUACGAUCCCGCAGUCGCACUCGAAGUGCAUACGAGCCCGCACAGGCCUCCAUCUCUUUCCCCGAACCGGAGAUACAUAGAUUCGCUUCUCAAAGAACGACCCUUCACCCACAUUCACCUCGCCACCGUCACAGCAAGUCUGAUGACGGUCAUGGUCCUCUACCCCCGAGCAGAGACCAUGUGGCUAGUGCCUCUUUUGGUACUCCAAUAACACCAAGCUCUGCUUCAUCAAUUACACUUCUUCCGGAGGACGAUUGGAACACCCCAGUAAAUCAACUGACUCGGGAACUGUCCAAUGUUUCUCUUCAAUCCGAAGAGGGACUAAGACGAUUCCAAGCCGGUCGAUUAGCAGAGAAGGAUGAAGAAUGGCACCGGCUGGUUCCUCAUGAGGCACGGGAAGCACUUGGCAAAAAAGAGGUCGAGCGGCAAUCAGUGCUAUUCGAGUUGUUCAAGUCGGAAAGGGACUAUGUGGAGGAUCUCAAACUUGUCACAGAGGUUUUCAUCGAGCCUUUGAAGUUCGCCAAACCCCCUAUCAUUGCCCCCGACAAGUUACGUCCCUUUGUUCAAGAAGUAUUUUGGAAUUUGGACAGGAUCUCAGUGCACCAUGAACAUAUGCUGGCUGCACUCUUUGAACGCCAAUUGGAUCAGCAUCCGCUAAUACAGAGCGUGACAGACAUUGUACUUGAAACCUGCUUUCAGUUCCAAUCGGAGUACGAAUCCUACAUCAAACACUAUCCACUCGCAGAAGAGCGGCACCGCACUGAACUCAGUCGCAAUAAAAGCUAUCAAGCAUUCAUGCGACAAUGUUCUCAAGAUCCUCGUGUGCGCAAGCGCGAUAUGAUCACCUUCCUUUCCCGACCAGUGACUCGCCUCCCACGCCUAAAUCUGAUCCUUGAGCAUAUUCAGAAGAUCACGGAACCAGGUCAUCCGGAUCUUGAAGACCUGCCGCUUCUCCUAAGCAUCUUGAGCGACUUCCUCAAGAGCACACAACCUGGUAUUGCAGCUGCUGAGAACAGAGUCAAAUAUUGGAAUGUCUGUGAAAGCCUGGAGAUGCCCAAGGGAGAAAUAAUUGAUUUGGAUUGGUAUAACGAAAGUCGGUCACUGAUGUACUCCGGCCCCGUAGCCCGACGGUCCAAGUCUGAAAUGGACUGGCACCCGUGGAAUGAUCUAUUCGUUGCCUUACUCGACAACUAUCUGUUGUUCACUAAAGAGGAGAGAGGGACGGGAGGAAUCAUCAAGCGCUUAAUUACGUCUAGACCUAUACCCUUAGAAUAUCUCAAACUAGGUAGCUUCGAUGGUCAGCCAGAAAGUAGGAAGGAGCGGUCUGAAGAAGGAGGGAUCUUGGACAACCUGCGCGCGCAAUACAAACCUAUCUAUCCAUUCACUGUUUAUUCUUCCGCAGACAAAUUGGUGCGGCGAUAUACUCUGUACGCACCGACUGAGUCUGUGAGACAGAAGUGGCAAAACGCUCUUGUUGAGGCCAAGGGAAUAGACGAUGUACGACGAGAUGCAAACAAGUGGUUUGCACCGCAACUCGUUGAUGAUGGCACCUUCCGCUCGCCAGGAGCUUACACUCCCCGCGGCUUUGGAUCUAAAGCGUCAGGGAGGGUCGUCAACGCUGUGUCUUUUACUGCUGCUGGCGGGAAGAGGCUCAUGGCAGUCGGCUGCGCGACUGGAAUCUAUGUUGGUUCCAGGGGUGAUAGCAACUUCCGCAAGAUAUUGUCAUACGGCAAUCCUUCCUCCAUCAUAGUCUUACAAGAAUUUAACAAGUUCAUCGUGCAUCAUGAGAGCUAUUUGCUCGCCUAUUCCUUGGAUAUUCUCGCCAGAGUCGCAAUGUACCAGGCCCCUGCAAGUAGCUUGGAUGCUUCAUUGGAGAAAAUUGCAGGGGCAGAUGGGACUGUCUUAUUCUGUUCUGCAGGACGAAUAAAACAGCGAACGAUCAUUGUUUAUGCUCUUAAAUCAUUCUUUCAAAUCACUGUACAUGCAUUGGAGGUCUGCAAUCUUUCUGACCUCCGACGCACUCCAUCACGAGGAUCCCAGGGUACCGUAUUAUCGUUUAGACCGUUCGGUGAACCAUUGUACGUACCAAAGGAUGCCUACUCUGUUACCGCACUGGCCAAAACAAUCGCUAUAAGCACAGAGAAGGGCAUCGUGAUCGCUGAUCCGACCAACUCAACCAGGCAGACAGUCUCGGUUGUUCCAGACUUCAGCGGUGCAACUUCCAACGUAGACAUGGCGGACCUGAAGACUCGCUGCGAAGAAACCAAGCCACUCGGCUUAAUCCGGACCGAAUCAGGCGAAAUAUUGGUCAUUUAUGAUACUCUUGGAUGCUACAUCACGAAGCACGGCGUUCCCUCCCGGAAAAGCGGAUUUAUCCGCUGGGAGACGAAAGCUACGACAUUUGCCCAUCGCGGGUCCCAUGUAUUGUUGUUCUCCUCUGAGUUCAUUGAAAUUCGGAGUCUCUCUACGGGCAGACUUGACCAAGUCAUCGAAGGGAAUGAUAUUCGCCUAUUGCUGCACACGAACCUGAAAACUCACUCGGUCGAUGAUACACUACUCGUGGCGAUGCGUGGGUCCAAGGAUGACAAGGACGGGGUUAGCGACAAGAUAAUAGAACUAGUCCAAACCGCGGAAUUUAGCUCUACGCAGACACCGAUGACGUCCACACCAGUGGAAGGCUUGUGGGAUGAGUGGGACAUGUAAGCAAUCGGUGUAAUAGCGGAAGAUAGUGGAUAAGUUAUGCUACAUAAUGAUGUUUCGUUAGGUGUACUAUUUACAAUGCCGUGUAUCUAUAAAUCACUAUUGAAGCAUUUGCUUCGUAUGACCCUCCCAAUAGGGAGGGGAUUUUUCAGAC